AUGUCGUCACGCGCUAAGAUUGCCAAAUUGAACAAGCAAAGGCCCAAAGGUAUAAAGGGCUCGAUUCAAGCCAUUAGAGACGCACUCGCCAACGAGAAAGCUAAGCAGGCCAAAGCCGAUAAAGAAAAACUUGAUGACUACAACCCUAGUGAAUCCGACGCUUCGGUCUGGAGCAAGAACGUAUGUGUGAUUAGCUACAAUCACUGGGCCGGUCUCAGGACGAGACCUUCCCUUGAGGAUCGCCAACCAAAUCCUGGUGUUCCCUUCAACAAUGCUAAGAAACAGCGCCAGGACAGAUUGGCCAACAUCUGUACGAAACGACAACGAUCGAUCUAG